AGACUCGCGCAGGGCCCUGCCCUUUGUCCCCUGAGCUUCCUCCUCGACCAUGCCAGGCCAAGAUAAGGUAAGGUCGCCAUGGCGCCAACCCCAAACCAACAACGACGUAGCGCCACACGCCCGAUCACAGUGCCCACUUCUCACCUCAAAGAGCCAUCCUCGGUCGUCAUGGGGACGCCUUCCUGGCUUCCGGAAACCAGAUGCCAAUGCCGGAAGUGCCCGGAGGACGCGGGCUCCGCGGGCGCCAUUCUACCUACACCCUCGGCUUUAGCUCCCAGCUUUAUGCGUAGUUUUACGCUUUAUGUUUGGAAAGUCGCCGUCCUGGGCCACCCUGCCCCAGGACUCCCGGUCGUUGUCGCCGGCUGACCAGCGCCUCCUGUCCCGCUGUGGGGCAGCCGCGGCCCGAACCUUUCCGUUCCCAGGGGCUGGGAGCCGCAGGAUCAGACCGGCCCGCCGCGGCGCCUCGGCUCCCGGGAGCCUCGGGCAAGCGGUUAGGAAUGCCGUUGGAGGCAAAGGAACGCGGGCCAGGGAACGGUGACGGCACCUCGGAGCGCGGGCCUGAGGCGACACGGGGCUUGGACUUCAUUUCCCAGGCGGCCUUGCGCGGAACCGGAAGUGCCGCGAGGCUUUAAGACGGCGGGCCGCGGCGGCUUGCGGGACACUCGGGUUGCGGUGCUGGUUGCGGGCCGUCCUCCCUGACAACCCGGAUUCCACUGCCCAGAAGCCCCCGAGUUGGCAGCGCCAGUUGGGAAGAGCCGGAUCUCGGAGGCCCUGCGUCCCAGGGUGGUUCAGGAAUGAGAAGACUGAGCGCCACAAGGGUGAGGUGACCUGCCCCCGGCUGUGUCCGUCGCUGAGCCUCUGUGGCCAGGUCCCCGUUCUUCCAGGUCUGCAGACGUGCGAGGCCAGAUGGCUGUGGGGCGCUUUUACCUGUCCUGCCUGGCGCUGGGCACGCUGGGCUCGCUCUGCAUCCUCCUCACCAUCUACUGGAUGCAGCACUGGCACAGCGGCUUCGCCUGGGACAGCAGCAGCCGCAUGUUCAACUGGCACCCGGUGCUCAUGGUGGCUGGCAUGGUGGUGGUCUACGGAGCCGCCUCGCUGGUGUACCGCCUGCCCCAGGCCUGGGUGGGACCCAAGCUGCCCUGGAAGAUGCUCCACGCAGUCCUGCACCUGAUGGCCUUCGUCCUGGUGGUGCUGGGACUGGUAGCCGUCUUCAAAUUUCACAACCAUCAACACAUCAGCAACCUGUACUCCCUGCACAGUUGGCUGGGCAUCCUCACCGUCUUCCUCUUCGCCUGCCAGUGGGCCCUGGGCUGUGCCAUCUUCCUCCUGCCCUGGGCGUCCAUGUGGCUGCGCAGCCUCCUGAAGCCUCUCCAUGUCUUCUCGGGCACUGCCAUCUUCUCUCUGGCCAUGGCCUGUGUCAUCUCGGGCAUCAACGAGAAGCUGUUCUUCAGUCUGAAGAACACCACCAAGCCGUACUCCAGCCUGCCGGCCGAGGCCGUACUGGCCAACAGCACGGGGCUGCUGGUGGUGGUCUUCGUGCUGCUGGUGCUCUACAUCCUGGCCUCGUCUUGGAAACGCCCAGAGCCGGGGGUCCUGACCGACAGACAGUUGCUGCCUCGGCCUUUCCCGGUGGCCUACAUGCCUGUUGCAGAGGACGCCUGCUGACCUGCUCUUCGGGGAACAGGCCCGGCUGUCCCCACAGGAAUGGAGAGCAGGGGUCAGACUUUUGUUUCCCCUGCCCCU